AUGAUUCCUCAUUAUACAUCAUCUGUCUGUGAUAUUACAAAAUCACCUCUCUCUCUCUCUCUCUCUAUCUAUCUAUCUAUCUCUAUAUAUCUAAUUCUCUUCUGUCUCUCUCUUCUGUCUGCCUCUUCCGUCUCUCUCUCUCUCUCUCUCUUCCAUCUGCCUCUUUCAUCUCUCUCUCUCUCCUCCGUCUCCCUCUUCUGUCUCUCUCUCUCUUCCGUCUGCCUCUCCUGUCUCUCUCUCUCUUCCAUUUGCCUCUUCCGUCUCUCUCUCUCCCAUCUGCCUCUCCCGUCUCUCUUUCAUCCGUCUGCCUCUCCCAUCUCUCUCUCUUCCAUCUGCCUCUCCCGUCUCUCUCUCUCUCCUCCGUCUCUCUCUCUUCUGUCUGCCUCUCUUCCGUCUGCCUCUCUUUCGUCUCUCUCUCUCUUCCAUCUGCCUCUCUUCCGUCUCUCUCUCUCUUCCGUCUGCCUCUUCCGUCUCUCUCUCUCUCUCUUCUGUCUGCCUCUCCCGUCUCUCUCUCAUCUGUCUGCCUCUCCCAUCUCUCUUUCAUCCGUCUGCCUCUCCCGUCUCUCUUUCAUCCGUCUGCCUCUCCCAUCUCUUUCUCUUCCGUCUCUCUCUCUCUUUCUUCCGUCUCUCUCUCUCUGCCUCUCCCAUCUCUCUCUCUUCCGUCUGCUCAAAGCUUGCCUCGGGAAAAAAAAUAUGGAGACCUUAACCAUUGCUGCUUCUCAAGAGAAUGGCCGAAGCAUGCUAGCCAAUUUUGAUGUGGAAAAGAAGAUUGGAAAAGGCCAGUUCUCGGAAGUUUAUCGAGCAAGAUCAAAACCAACAGGCAGUGUGGUGGCAUUGAAAAAAGUUCAGAUUUUUGAAAUGGUUGAUGCGAAAGCAAGACAAGAUUGCAUUAAGGAAAUUGAUUUAUUGAAGCAACUUGACCACCCAAAUGUUAUUAAAUACCUGGCAUCAUUUAUUGAAGAAAAUGAAUUGAAUAUUGUGUUAGAACUUGCGGAUGCAGGAGAUUUAUCUCGAAUGAUCAAGCACUUUAAACAGCGUAGCCGACUGAUUCCUGAAAAAACCAUUUGGAAAUACUUCAUUCAAAUCUGUAGUGCCUUGGAACACAUGCAUUCUCGUAGAAUCAUGCAUAGAGAUAUCAAACCUGCUAAUGUCUUUAUAACUGCUCAAGGAAAAGUGAAAUUGGGAGAUCUUGGCCUGGGAAGAUUUUUCAGUUCUAAAACAACUGCUGCUCAUUCUUUAGUUGGUACACCUUAUUAUAUGUCUCCUGAAAGAAUCCAUGAGAAUGGAUACAACUUCAAGUCUGACAUUUGGUCUUUAGGCUGCUUGCUUUAUGAGAUGGCAGCUUUGCAGUCCCCAUUUUAUGGUGACAAAAUGAACCUCUAUUCUCUCUGCAAAAAAAUAGAACAGUGUGAUUAUCCACCCUUGCCCUCAGAUAAUUACUCACAAGAGCUGCGUUCCCUCUUUUCCUCCUACUCUUUUCACUUUUCUCCCCACUCAUUAACAACUGCACUUUCUGUUAGUUUCAGUAUACCUUUCUUUCUAUCUAUGGCCUUUUUUUUUAUUCCUUUUAUGUUUUCUUCCUCUUGCAUUUCAUAA